AUUAUCUAAAUAGGAAUUGCUCAAAUACUGUAAAAACAAUUUCUCACACAAUCAUGUGCAGAAACAUUUUUUAUUCUCAGAUAAGAAUUGACAUGAAUAUGAGCAAUGGUGAAAAAUUGUAAGACAGGAGAGAGAAAAAAUACUGAUAUUCGAAUGAGAAUGGAGGAGAUGGGUUUCAGACAAGGCAAGAUCGCUCAUCAACGAAUCACUGAUGGUGGGCGCCUCUUUCCCACUGUUCUGCUUCCUCUUCACAACACCAUGACUGUAAAAUCUCUGGUUCAGACCAUUCAAAACAACAGAGAGUGGAUCGAAGAGGAGUUGAAAGAGGCGGGAGCGUUGCUGUUCAGAGGAUUUCCCCUCAAAACGGCAGCCGACUUUAAUGAGGUGGUGGAGGCGUUUGGAUGGGAAGAACAGCCAUAUCUGGGUGCUGCUUCCAGAACAAGGGUUCAUGGAAGGGUAUUCACUGCAAACGAAGCUGCCUUGGAUCAACCCAUCAAAUUCCACCAUGAGAUGGUUAAAUUUGAGGAAUUUCCUAGCAAAUUAUUAUUUUUCUCUGAGAUAGCUCCUCCCGAGGGCGGGCAGACCGCUAUUUUGUUGAGCCAUAAUGUUACGGCCAGAAUGGAACAGAAAUACCCAGAAUUAGUUGCAAAAUUGGACAAAGAGGGCAUUUUUUAUUUUAACACUUUUUCCCCGGAGGAUCAUCCUGGCAUCGUUGUGAAGGGCUGGCAAACCCUUUACCAAACCAGGGAUAAAGACGAAGCAGAGAAGAAGGCUUUAGAGGCUUCGCAGACAAAAGUGACUUGGGAAGGUAGCAAAAUGGUGGUUCGAGUAGGACCAUUGACCUCCAUCAGAACUUUUGAUGGAAAUAAGAAAGCAUGGUUCAAUCAAAUAGCAUAUUGGAAUUCAGAGACGCCCCGCAUGCUGGGAGAUGGAUCCCUUUUCCCUCAAGAGGCGACUGAAUGCUGCAUACAAAUAACAGAGGAGGAGUCUGUAGAAGUUAACUGGGAGGUCGGGGAUGUGCUACUCAUCGACAAUCGGCUUGUGCAGCAUGCCAGACGGCCCUCCAAACCACCUAGAAGAAUUCUUGUGGCCAUCUGCAAGUAGUAGACUACUAUUCAAUGCUUCUAAUACUGAUUUUUUCUGACUGGAAGCAAUUUCAGUUUGGGAUAUGCUACCAUAAAAUUUUCCACCUAUUUUAAUGCAAUCCCUCUGUGAUGGUAAGGAACAGGGUACUUUGAAGAAUUAAGUUAAUAAAUGUCAUGAAUUCUAGAUUGUUGAUUGAUUAAAAAAAUUUAAUUGUAAAAAAUUUGAACUCAA